CAAAUUCAAUUUAUUCAAAUUUCAAAAAUUCUCUCUCUCUCUCUCUCUCUCUCUCUCUCUAAACUCCAUAGCUACGAACUCCACUUUCCGAGCUUCAUUCUUCUUCUUCUUCUUCGAUCAACCUACAUGCGAUUAUCAUGUCUCUCCUCAGUCGAUUCUUCUACAAAAGACCUCCAGAUGGGUUACUCGAAUUCAUCCAUAGAGUUUACGUUUUCGAUUCGUGUUUCUCCACUGAAGCAUUAUCAGAUGGAAUGUACGAGCUAUACCUUCACGAAAUCGUGACUGAAUUACAUGAAGAGUUUCCAGAAUCUUCGUUUCUAGCCUUUAAUUUUCGCGACGGAGAGAAGCGUAGCAAUUUCGCUGAGUUAAUGUGUGAAUACGAUGUUAUUGUUAUGGAUUAUCCGAAAAAUCACGAGGGUUGUCCUCUUUUGCCACUUUCUCUUGUUCAGCAUUUUCUUCGUGUUUGUGAGAGUUGGCUUUCACUUGGGAACCAUCAGAAUGUGAUUUUGUUUCAUUGUGAGAGAGGGGGUUGGCCACUUUUGGCUUUUUUGUUGGCGUGUUUGUUGAUUUUUAGAAGGGUUCAUAGUGGUGAGCGUAAGACGCUUGAAAUGGUUCAUAGAGAAGCACCUAAGGGCUUGUUGCAGUUGUUGUCGGCUUUGAAUCCUUUGCCUUCGCAGCUUCGUUAUAUUCAGUAUGUUGCAAGGAGGAAUAUUGCUCCUGAGUGGCCUCCGCCAGAGAGGGCUUUGUCUUUGGAUUGUGUUAUUCUUAGGGGAAUUCCUAGUUUUGAUUCGUCGAAUGGAUGUAGGCCAAUGUUUAGGAUUUUUGGGAGGAAUUUGCUUAGCAAAGGUGGACCUUCUACUCAGAUGAUUUAUAACAUGCAUAAAAAGAAGCACUUGAGGCAUUAUCGUCAGGUAGACUGUGAUGUGAUUAAGAUUGAUAUUCAAUGUUUAGUGCAAGGAGAUGUGGUUUUGGAGUGUGUUCAUUUGGAUUUGGAUCCGGAAAGGGAAGUGAUGAUGUUCCGUGUGAUGUUUAGUACGGCAUUUAUUCGAUCGAAUAUAUUGAUGCUGACCGCUGAAAACUUAGACAUUCUUUGGGAUUCUAAGGAGCGGUAUCCGAAAGGCUUCCGGGCUGAGGUUUUAUUUGGGGAGGUUGAAAACUCAAGUUGUCAGAGAGCUUCGGCGGAAACAACCAUUUUGAAUGGUGAGGAGAGAGGUGGAUUACCCAUUGAAGCUUUUUCAAGAGUUCAAGAACUUUUUAGUGGAGUGGAUUGGGGUGACAAUGGUGAUGCAGCGGCAGUGUGGCUGCUUAGACAGCUUAAUGUCUUAAAUGAUGCCAAAGAGUUUUCGAGGUUGCAAGGUAAAGGAAGUUGGUUUUCGUCGCCAGCUGACUCUGAAGAAGAAUUUAAUGAAUCAAGUGUUGCUGAUAGUUCAGAUGAGGCCUUUGAUGUUACUCCCAAGUCUUCUGCCGAUUCUUCAAAAUUAUGGACAUCUGACAUCCCUGAUUUGGAUCAUUUAGCCUUAGAAAACAGUGGUGCAAGUUUUGUAAAUCCCACUUCAAGAAUGUCUGAUCAUUUAUUGACAGAUAAUGUUUCAUCACCACAUCACGUUUCUGGUCCUCCUCUUGGUUGGAACACUGAUAAUGCUGCUGGUCCACCUCCACCCCCUCUCCCUUCCAUGGCCAGCAACGCUAGCAGUGCUUCCACAUUGUCUUCACUUCCUCCUCCAGGACCAGAACAUACAAGUUCAGUCCCAUUACCUCCACCCCCACCACCACCUCCUUCAGGAUUUGCUCAAACAGGUUCAUCUCCAACCCCUCCACCUCCAGGUCUCGUACAGACAGGUUCAUCUCCCCCAACCCCACCUCCGCCUCCUCCAGGUCCUGUACGAACAGUUUCAAUCCCACCACCUCCGCCUCCUCCAGGUCCUAUACGAACAAGUUCAAUCCCACCACCCCCACCUCCUCCAGGUUCUGUACAAACACAUUCAAUCCCACCACCUCCACCUCCACCUCCUCCAGGUCAUGUACAAACUGGUUCAUCCUCACCCCCUCCACCUCUUCCAGGACCUGCACGAUCAGCCCCACCUCCUCCUCCUCCUCCUCCUCCUCCUCCUGCCCCAGGUGUUACACACAUAGGUUUAACCCCUCCGCCACCCCCACCUCCUCCUCCAAUUCCAGGACGAACAAGUUCUGCUCCGCCACCUCCACCUCCUCCUCCAAUUCCAGGACGAACAAGUUCUGCUCCGCCACCUCCACCUCCUCCUCCAGUUCCGGUACGAACUGGUGCAGUCCCGCCUCCUCCACCACCGCCUCCUCCCGGUCCUCCACGAGCAGGUUCAGCCCCACCACCUCCACCACCACCUCCUCCUGGUCCUCCACGAGCAGGUUCAGCCCCACCACCUCCACCACCACCACCUCCUCCAGGUCCUCCACGAGCAGGUUCAGUCCCACCACCUCCACCACCUCCUCCAGGACCUGCACGAACAGGAUCAGCCCCACCACCUCCACCACCUCCUCCAGGUCCUCCACGAACAGGUUCAGCCCCACCACCUCCACCACCUCCUCCGGGACCUACACGAACAGGUUCAGCCCCACCACCUCCACCACCUCCUCCAGGACCUGCACGGACAGGUUCAGCCCCACCACCUCCACCACCUCCUCCUGGACCUGCACGAACAGGUUCAGCCCCACCACCUCCACCACCACCAGGUCCUGCACGAACAGGUUCCGCCCCACCACCUCCACCUCCUCCUGGUGUACGAAGGGGUUCAGGUCCUCCAGCACCAACGCCUCCUAAUGCUCCUCCCCCACCACCACCUGGUCGUGGUUCGUUGCUGGCACCUCCUCUUACUGCAGGCAAGGCCUCUAGUGUGCCUCCACCACCAGGCAAAGCUUCUUUAGCAACAACAAAUGUGGGAAGAGGUCGUGGUACUGGUGCUAUUGCUGUUAAGAAAACUUUAUUAAAGCCUCUACAUUGGGUGAAAGUUUCUCGAGCAGCACAAGGUAGUCUAUGGGCUGAUUCACAGAAACAAGGCAGUGAUUCAAGGGCCCCUGAAAUAGACAUAUCAGAACUUGAGACCCUGUUUUCAGCAGCAUCUAUUUCUGAUGGAAAUAGUACUAAAGGUGGACUUCGGCGUGGUUCUAAUAUUAACAAACCUGAGAAAGUACAAUUGGUUGACCUGCGUAGAGCAUAUAAUUGUGAAAUAAUGCUCUCCAAAGUCAAAAUUCCUCUGCCAGAUAUGCUUAAAGCAAUUUUGGCAUUGGAUUCUUGUGUUCUGGAUAUUGAUCAGGUUGAGAACCUCAUCAAGUUCUGUCCUACAAAGGAAGAGAUGGAGGUGCUGAAGAACUAUACCGGGAACAAGGAUAUGCUUGGAAAGUGUGAGCAGUUUUUUAUGGAGCUGAUGAAGGUUCCACGAGUAGAAUCCAAGUUAAGGGUGUUUGCUUUUAAAAUCACCUUUUCUGGUCAGGUGAGUGACUUAAGGAAAAAUUUGAAUACAAUCAAAGAUGCAACCAGAGAGGUACUGUUUAAUGGCUCUUACUUGACAAACACAUACCAUCAUUGGGCUGCGUCAUUAAAUUGGUUAUAUUAUUACUCAUGCGUACAGGUCAAGGAAUCUGUAAAACUUCGUCAAAUAAUGCAGACUAUUCUUACGUUGGGCAAUGCCUUGAAUCAGGGAACAGCCCGAGGAUCAGCAGUAGGAUUCAAAUUGGACAGUCUUCUCAAGUUAUCUGAUACCCGUGCAAGAAAUAACAAAAUGACUUUAAUGCAUUAUUUGUGUAAGCUUCUUGCUGAGAAAAUGCCAGAACUGAUAGAUUUUGACAAGGAUCUUCUCAAUUUGGAAGCUGCUUCUAAGAUCCAACUAAAAGCAUUAGCUGAAGAGAUGCAAGCUGUGCAUAAAGGUUUAGAGAAGGUUGAGCAAGAACUCACUGCUUCUGAAAAUGAUGGUUCUAUAUCUUCAGGAUUUCGCAAGGUGUUGAAGAGUUUUCUUGAUUUUGCCGAAGCUGAUGUGAGGUCACUUAUAUCAUUGUAUGCCGAUGUGGGAAGAAGUGCCGAUUCUUUGUCCCAAUACUUUGGGGAGGAUCCAGCUAGGUGCCCCUUUGAACAAGUGACACAAAUACUUAUUGUCUUUGUAAAGACCUUCAAUAAGUCUAAGGAGGAGAAUGAAAGGCUAGCAGAUGCCGAGAAAAAGAAAUUAGAAAAAGAAGCCAUGAAGGAAAAGGCAGCAAAUAACAUGCAUUCUAAAAAAGAUGUUGUUCGAUCAAUAUUAUAAACACGCACGAGGAUGGUUACUCUCAGUUCAAGCUCGCUGAAGUUAAACUAUGCCAUUUGCACUCAAAUGCAAUUCACGUGUUUAUGCACGCAUGCAUGCACUAUUGGGGUUCGAUACCUUCCACGACCAUGCUGGCCGUCAUAUCAAGGUGCAUGCAUCUCCUCUUGUGCUACUGGUAAAGGCGAAAUACAUCAACAUGCUGGAGGUCUCUUGUAAUUAUACCACACAGACAACUAAUGUUAAAUAUAGAAAAUUCAUUUUGCUCAUGUUUAUUUAUUCUUCAUGAGGCAUUUUGCCCCUCUUUAAAAUAGAGGCCAUAUAUAAAAAUAGAAAUUCAAAUUUCCUUAUACUAUCGAAUACUGUACUUAUUUGUAAUAUAGCAGCAGGUGUUUUGUAGUUCAAAGAUAUGUUGAUACACAACGAUGAAUUCUUUGGUCUUAACAUGUAUAUGUAUGGCAUGACAAUUUUUUCACCCA